UCGAAUCUAUAGAGAAGCUAAGUUUCAGCCAACUCUGUUUGCGCAUCCUUGUACAGUACGAAUCUAUCGAGAAUCUAAGUUUCACCCAACUCUGUUUGCACAUCCUUGCACAGUACGAAUCUAUAGAGAAGCUAAGUUUCAGCCAACUCUGUUUGCGCAUCCUUGUACAGUACGAAUCUAUAGAGAAGCUAAGUUUCACCCAACUCUUUUUGCGCAUCCCUGUACAGUACGAAUCUAUGGAGAAGCUAAGUUUCACCCAACCAUCCAGAACAAUGGCAGACAAAGCGUUGGCGAAUGCAAAAAGUAUAUGGAACUUUCAGCAAAAAGACCAAUUUUGUGAUGUUGAAUUCAAGAUUGGGAAAUUUAAAAAGUCGAUGAGAGCUCACAGGAAUGUUCUAGCGUGUAGCAGUGAUGUUUUUUUUAGAAUGUUCACCGGUUCAUUACCAGAAACUACAGUUUCAAUUCCAAAUAUUGAUCCUUGUGCUUUUACCGAAGUUCUAAGGUAUCUUUACAUCGAUGAGUGUAAAAUGGACUUUAGAAAUGUAGAGCAGAUUCUAGAUUGUGCUGAAAAAUACAAUUUGAAAAGACUAAAAAAACAUUGUUAUACAUUUUUGGCGUGUAAUAUGGUCCCCGAUACAAUUUGGCAAAUCUUUUAUUUGGCCGAUAUAUAUUUCCUGCAUUCUGGUUUACGUACAAAAUGUUUUGAUUUUUAUGAGUCAAAUUCGAAGAAAUGUUUGGAAUCAAGUUUUAUUUCGAAUCUACCAGAAGGCCUCUUUCGGGACAUUAUAGAACAUACGCCCGUCUCAUGUAAAGAAGAAAGCAUUUAUGAAGCAUGUUUAAGAUGGGUAGCGAAAAAGCUCAGUAGCGAAAGGCCAAGAGAUAGAGAUAUGAGAAAACAAUUAAUAAGAAGUGAAAUUCUUUACAAAAUCCGAUUCAGUUGCAUAACCAACGACUACUUUGGGCACAAUAUCUCAAAACGAAAAAUUCUUUCAAAAGAUGAAAUAGCGUCAAUUCAACGUUCAAUGUAUGACGAUGGCUAUUCUGAUGAAUUAUUCAUUUCAGAUAUAAGGCGUCCGAAACUGCACAAGUUAAUGCGUUGUGGAGUUAGAAAAGACAAAAGUUGGAAAGUUGGUGAAUGGAAAGAUGCAAUUGAUAUUUGCUUCAGGGAGGUGUUACUUCUACAUGGAAUCGUUGUGUUUGGAACUAUAUCUGGAGAAAGCAAUUAUAAAAUUGAUGUGUCCCUGAUGGAGCCAUGUGGUGACGAACAGAGAACAAUAUCAGUCUUACAAGGCAAAGAACUGGAAACUAAACAGAGGACAGCUCUUUAUGAUGUUCUUCUUAAACAGCCAGUAGAGAUUAAACGUAACACCAAAUACACUAUAGAGUUAUUAAUGAUAGGUGCAUGUACUGUUUCCGGAUGUGACUAUGAAACAGAAGUCUCUGACGGCACUUUUAAAGUUACUUUUGCGAACUCACCAGACUCUUAUAAUGGAACCAAUAUUAAAACGGGACAAAUACCGGGAGUAAUAGUCAGCAAUGUAUACGACAGUUAACAUGAGCAUUUGAAAGAUACGAAGAAAUGGAGUCUUCAUUUAUAUGUAAUUAAAUUUAGAAUAAUUGUCUUUGCAAUUCCACAGGUAAUUGCGAUCAAUUCGCAUGAGAAUUUCUUAUAACACGAGUGAGUUGGAUCAAAAACGUUGAACCUAUUAGCACCAUCAGCAACAAAAGUAAUUGUUAUUAUUAGUUUACUCAUUGAAAUAUUAUCUUAAUAAAAUUUUGGUUAACACCGUAAAUACA